AUGCUCGCACGCCUUGGUCUGGUAGGGCUUGUGGCCACCUGUGCCUCAGGGGCCUAUGUGCAAUGGCAGGGCUGUGGUGGUCAUUCAAGCAAGACAGAUGUCUUCGUUCCCCAGAGUCUGCGAGCCACUUUGGAGCCGUCAGACGAUGGGCGCCAGAACCAGCUGACACUCCAGGUCGGGAGAUGGAUGGAAGAAGCGGAAUGCCAGGAUCUGGCUCGAAGGAUGCCCUAUGCAACACUGGAAUUCGAAAUGCUAGGCCGUUCUGCUGCGUAUCAAACCACAACCAAGACAACAUGUGAAAAGCUCAACUUUUCCAAGAAUUGGCGCUCGUCACUGGUCAACCCCUUCAGCCUUCAUUUGUCUAUUUCGGAAGAUAUCGGCCAUCUGCCACCGUUGUCAACGUUCCAUACGACUUUGCACCUCGAGGGAAAUGACUCGGAGGAGAUCAGCUGUCAUCAAGCAAAUAUCACUCCAGCACUAAGUUCAACCGUCACCGCAAUCGUCACUUACUCGACAUGGACCAUCUUUAUCUUUGUGCUCCUUGUCGGUAUUUUACGCUCUACCUACAGCACACCGAUUGCGCUAGACGAUGAGGAUGGCGAAGAGCAACGCUCGAUACGGACUGUCCUACCGAACGUAGGGGAUUGUCUCCAGUACCUUCAGUUCAUCUUCUUGACCGGCGGGCUCAGUUUGCGGUAUCCUGGAUUCUACCAGCCGGUAGUCAGUCACCUCAACUUGUUUUCCCUCUUUGUCAACGGCCCAGUCACCCACGGCGUGGUGUAUGACAGGGUCGAAGACGGCAUCUACGUAUUGAAUGGCACAUACGGCGGCACGUAUGGCCUGGAACUCAUGACCCAGAUCGCAGGUGCACCAAUGACCAUGGACACUUGGUUGAACAUGGUCGUUCUCAUGUUCAUCAUCGCCUUUGGUGUCGCUUUGGUCCUUGAGGUCGUCUGGUUUAUGAAGCGAAGUCAUGACUUUGACAGCGAGUUUUCACGGUCGGCCGGCGGCAUGAGAUACACGGCUAGUCGUGUCUUGCGUGGUAUCUUGUCGUAUUUCAUGUUUUCACUUGCAGCUUUGUCUUUCUAUCAGCUCGAUAACGCCUCGAUCCUUCCCGCAUACCAUACAUCAAUGGCUGUCGCACUAAUUCUUGCCAUGAUGGCCGCUUUUAUUUGGCUUAUCCGCAAAAUUCCUACGCGCAGCCUAGGCGUCCUAGUUUUCGACAGCACUAAGCGUUAUCGACAACUCCGUGCCGUGGACGAUGCCCGCCGCCGGGAUGGAACUUUCAUUUUUGUCUUAUUCGCCCUCACGUUUGUCCGCGGCGCCGCCGUUGGUGGCCUGCAGAUUUCCGGGCCGGCUCAGUUGGCCGUCCUCGGUGCCUGCGAGCUCGUGCUCUUGGCUAGCAUCGCCGGGUUUCAAGCAUACUCGACUUUCUCCAUUGGCAGCAUUGCGGCGACCAUUCGGCUUUGCAGCCUGAUUUUCCUGGUUGCAUUCCUACCCGGACUUGCGACACCGAUCAGCGUCAAGAGUGCUAUCGGAUAUCUACUUCUAGCUGUUCAUGGCGGCAUGCUACUACUUGGCUUCUUCGUUCCUACUCUCUGUGAGCUAUCGAAACUUGUCAAGGGCUGGUGGACAGCACCGCGACCAGAGAUUUAUGGCCUCCGCCAGCUCCGUCGACGCGAGGUGUCAAGAACCAAUCUCGCUUCCAUGUAUACGUCCAGCAUGCCAGACACAUCGUAUCCUGAGCCGAACGCUGUUGAAUCACCCAACGCGGGCUAUCUCCGGCCGACAUAUCGGUCGGAUAGUCCCAGCACUAUGCACCUAGCCUCUUCGACUACCUCUAGUCGAUACUUCCGGCCACCGCGGUCCAGUGCGUCUAUCUCGUCAGUCGAGAACCCACGCAGUCUCGGCUCCUCCUUGUACACUACCUCUACGCCUUCAAGAACGACAUCGACUUCUACCACAUUUAUAGACAAGCACUCUGUUCAGCGAUCCGAGUCAAUCAUGUCCCCCAGCCGGCUAUCAGAGUCAACCGAGGAGGAUUCCAGUUCGACAUCCCAGAGAUCACCCACAAGGCCCAGCGAUGGGCCUCUCGGGCCACGUUGGAAUGACUAUUCCUUCCGUGAAGCAGAUCUCUACUACAACGUACCUCGCCCGCCACCAGUAGAGCGGGCGUCGGAGGAGUUGCCCAGGCCACCGGCUCCGCGACCCUCCUUCCGGUCUUCGUCCGGGCUAUGGGCAAGGGUAACUGGCCAAUCUGGCACGGGGGAGCAGGGGUUUCAGGUUGUCCGACCUCGACCGGCCUCGGAACAGGGCUUCGUAGUUGUUCGACCCAACAGGCCAAGUAAUCUCAGCAACGGUGCUCCAGGAGCUGCGCCCAGUGCGUUGCAGUGA